UGUCGCUGUCCGCCGUGUGGCGGGUCAGCGGAUGCUCAUAAUGGGAUGCAGAUCGUGUUACAGAUUUGAUCUUGACACUUGCGCUGCUCCCAUGCCAGCAGCAUCCCGGAGGUUGGGUUUGUUUUUUUUUGGGUGAAAAAUAACAUGCAUGCAGCAUUCAUAAUCAUGUCGCAAUUAAGUGAUAUGGCUAAUCGACGUCAGAGAGUGUGGCAGGGAUUGUUCUGUUGUGGUCAGUGUUUAUGGUCAGCAACUUUUGACCCUCGUGGAGAUGUGGACCCCUUUGUGUGUGAGAGAUGAUGUAAGGAUGUGAAUUCUGGUGUGGUCCAGAUUUGAUCUUCGCCCAGGGAGGACACUGUUUUUAAUGAUGUGGUUGCAGACGAGAUGAGUUGUUGUUCGGAGCAACAAAUGGGACAUCAUAGGGUGAGAAAACGGGCAAACCGGAAUCGUUUAUUUUGCCGUUUGGUUUUGGUGAAGGUCACACAGGUUCAAGUGAUGCUGCCACAGUACAGUAGUGGAUGAGCGUAAGACGUGAAUUGAACCAUCGCACUAGGGGUUAUUAAUAGGCAAUUGGCAAAGGGCAUGGCGGUAAUGAUGGGCUGAUUGAGGCAAGGAAAAAAAACAGGAUAGAUACACACAUACACACCCAUUUUACAUGCCCAUAGACAGAUCUCGCGAGCCCCUCUUAAGUAGAAUGGGGCUUUGCUACCUGUUCAUUAUGCAUGAGGAGGGGAACUUUUUUUUCGGUUUGUUGAUGCGCGUCAAGCUCGCGAUCGUAUGCUCUCGAUUGAUCUUUGACGGCCGAACAAAAAAAAAACCCCGCUAACAGCUUUGUGACGCGUUGAAAUGGAUGGGGAAUUUUGGGGGCCCCAUGCUGCUUGCUUGACGUGCUUCAGUAACACCGAGACAGUUUGGUGAAGAUGUUUAUUUGUUUUUUGUGAUGAGGAAAUUUAGCCUGUUGUCUGGCUGUCUGUGUGUGGGGGAGCUCGCGUGACGGAAGGUGCUAGUGUGAGCUUCUGCCCUGCCAACCGGCCGUAGUCAUGAACGUGAACUUGAGGAAGCUACUCGUAGCCGCCGCUAGCUGCUGGUUGGUGCUCGUGUGUGGAUCGCCCGAGCGGGUUGCAGGUGCCGGCCAGGCGGCCACCGUCGACGGUAUACUGCGGUCGGUUGUUGCAGUACGUGCCCAGCUGGAACCGGUGGCGCAGAAUCGUUUGUCCCAGCGAACAACGCCGAUUAGACAGGGAGGCUUGUCCUGCGGUGGAGUGAUACGUGUGCCAGGACUGCAACGGUUGUUUAACUGUGUUACUCCCGAUCGGGUUGUGUUGCAAACGGGAGCAGCACCAACACCAGUAGCACCUCCUCCCCAGUUCACUGUAGAAGCGCGUGUAAACGAUAAACCGCAGCAGCAAAGCACGGUGGAGAUAAUCGCCUCGGAUCAGCGAGCAACAUGGUCAACGUACAGUGACGGAACGCCUUCAGCGAUACAGGGCGGCAACGGUCCCCUGUACCAAGGUGAUCCGGCGAUAGGUGCGAAUCCUCUCGCACUGAUCAUCCCCACGCAGGAGCAGUUGCAGCAAUUCCAGCAGUGGCAACGACCGUACCAGCGUCCCAGCAAACCGGUGACGACCACCACAACCACAACCACCACCGCUGCUCCAGACGUGGAUGAGAUCUACUUCCCGCCAAGUGUUGAUGAGCCGGUACCAGUGCUCGGAACGGUACGUUCUACGCAACAUUACACCACAGCGGCUCCUGCGGGAGGCUCGAUCGCCGAACGGGUUCCAUGGGAAACGAGCAGUUGGGCCAGUGUGGGAGGCAACACGAAAGACCCGUCCCUGGAGGAGGAAGUAACGACCGAACCACCGCACGAGGAGGAGGAAGAGGAGCACGGGCUUGGCAAUCGAAUCGAUCACAAGCUGCUUCUCUCGCUCGUUGGUUAAAUUAUUGCUUAUUAUGUGUUAUUUGUACUUUGGCAGUGUAAACCGUGGUUCGUUAUUAAACAGUAUAACAUGUUGUGUGUCUUUUUGUGUGGUAAAAUUAAAAAGGAAAAAAGUCUAUGAGUCUAGUAAUUGUGUUUCUGCUACUGCGUCGUGUUCAUUGAUAACAAUCUAUUCUGCUUUGCCUCGCACGAAUUCCAACACGAAGAGGGUUUUAGAAGGAAACCGGUUUAGGAAACCGGAAAGCAGCUUACCCAACCCUCCAUCCCACCCGCUUUGAAGGGGAGGUUGGGCUGCGAGACAAAGCAUUACAAAAAAUCGCACACGAUAAGAUUACAGGAGGUGAUGUAAAUGUAGGUGCAGUAAAAGAUGAAAGGAAAAAUAAACAAAUUUCAAACUAA